UCAAUUUAAAAAUAACAUUUAUGUACAAUGCUCAAAAAAAUGCAUCCUGUUUUGUAUUUGCUCUGGUUCUUGCAGCUUCUGGGACAUCUUUUUUUUCUCCUGAUGUUGACAGCAUCUUUGUCUUUUCUUCUGAAAUGGAUGAUAUUUAGAUUCACAAAUCUUCCAUAUGCUUUACUUCUCAUCCAACUUGACUUCUUGACUCACAGGCUCAUCAUGCUGACAGAGAAUUUGCUUCCUUGAGCAAAAGAAGCAAAGAAAGUGCAUAAGUGUGUAAAAUAGCUGCAUGUCUGCUGGUGAUGGUGAAGUGGGUAGAAACAUCUCAAGCAUUCUUGGACAGAAACAAAUAAUAAUAAAAAAAAUCUCUCUAGGAGUUUGUAAAGCAGUUUCUAAUAGCAUUUACAUUUUAGAGAUUUUAGAUGAAAGACUCAUAUUUAUAAUUUUUAUCUACACCAUUCCUUUUUUUAUUAACAUGACAUUCUAUUCCAUUGACUGAAAUAUUCAAGUUAAAGGCUGCUACUUUUCUGAAUUGUCCAGUCUGAGAUUCUGCUGCUCCAAUAAAUAUGGGUGGCAAAACAUAUGUAUGAUGAAGUAUUUAAAAGUUUAACAAAAGUAAUCAGAAUUCUAUUAAAAAUUUUUUAGAUACUGUUCGCGAUAUGAACUAAAUUAGCAUUCUCUCAUAAAUAUAUAUAUUUUUAAAUCUCAAACUCUUGGAGAGAUUCUUUAGGAGAAUAGCUGCAUAUUUGAGGUAACCAUGUCUAUUUAAAUGUGAAUCUGUGGAUGACUAAUUUUUUUGCAUUGUAGAACAGGAGGGCUUUCGAAAGAGCAGAGGAUGCAAAAAGGACUGAGAACAUGGAGGUCCAAAAAGCCAGAGAGGAAGUAGAAAUUAGACAACUUAAGGAACGGAUCCAAGAACAGGAAGCUUUGCUUACGGAAAGGGAAGCACAGGUGGAGAAGCUGGAAGUAGAACUAGAAACACAAAAGAAGAUCGUUGAGGAUUUAAACUUUCAGAAAGCAAAGCUUGAGCAUGAUGUCAGUCAGUAUAACACUGAGUUAGACAUAGUGAUUAAAGACAAAGCUGCACUUGAACAGGAAUUAAAGUACACCAAAACUUUAAUGGAGCAGUCGGAGGCCACCUCUUCUCUGACUCAGAAGAAACUUGAGGAAGUCUUAAAGAAAGAAAAUGAUGCACAGACUUCCAGCCUACAAAGAAAAACAAAUGGACAGGAAGUAGAUUUAGCAGCAGAGGAGUUACAGAGUGAAGUUCCAGCUAAAAGCAAUGAUCAGACAGCAAAGUCUUUGGGACUUGAGAGCCAAUCAGAACUGGGCACCCAACUCGAGGAAUCUGCAGACAGAAUGCAUGAUGUCUUGCAGCAGAAACUGGAUGAACUAUCUCAGGUCCAGAAAAAAGCAGAGAUGGCUGAGGAGAAAGCACAAAGCUAUAAAAAGCUUCUGGAUGACAGCAACAACAGACUGAAAAAACUGCAGAUGGAGAUAGAAGGAGAACGUGUCCAGACUAGACAGAAUUCAGAUGAUUUCCACCAGGAAAUGCUGAACAUGAAAAAAUCCAUCUCUGAAUUUCAGGAAGAAAUCAGAACUCUCCAGAGAGCAAAGUCCUCAUUGGAGCAAAGCAACUUUUUCCAAACCACCGAAGUAGAAGGCCUUAAAGAGCAGCUGAAGAUCACCCAAUCAGAGCUGCAGAAGAGAAGCUCUGUAGAGCAGGAGAACUCCUACAAGAUAAACAACCUAGAGGAAGAGGUAGCUUCCAAACAGUCAGCCAUAGAUCAGCUGAAAACAAAAUGCAAUGAGUUGAUGAGGAUGAACGUCUCGUCUGAUAGUGACAUUCGAAGUCUUCAGAUCCAAAUAGAGUCCGUGGAAAAAGAAAGAUCAUUCUCUGAACAAAAGAUAAAAUCUUUAAAGAAUGAGGUGGAGAGCUGGAAACAACAGCUUCAAAUCUCGAAGGAUGAGAGCAACACAGUGAAGAGAUCUGAACAUGCCCUGCAGAUCAAAUACAAGAACCUCGAGGCAGAACUUCAGAGGAGUGAAAACGUUACAUCUCAGCUGCAGAAGAAGAUUGAUCAGCUCAAGCAGAUCAACUUAGAAGUGGAGCAGAAUGCCAAGAAUGUGAAAGCCAAACUUGAUCAAGUGAUGAUGGAGAUUGAGAGCAAGGACCAGCAAAUUAAAAUCUUCAAGUCACAGAUAGAGGGUGCUAAAUCUCAGGUUAGAAUUAUUGAUGAGGAGCUAACUAAGAAAACGCAGACCAUGCAUGAGCUUCAAAUUAAAUUGCAAGAACAUAGUGAGGAGACAAAGAUCAUUGUUGAUCUGCAGCAGAAAUUAAAGUCCCAAAAUGGAAAAAUCAUAAAUUAUGAGAAAGAAAUAGCAAAUCUGAAAUUAGAACUACAAUCUGUAUUUGCCGAGAAAAACAUUGUAAAUCAGAAAGUUCACGUGCAGAAAGCUGAAAUAAAUGAUUUGAACGAGAUGCUGAAGAAAAUAAAUGUGGAGCUGCAAAAAGAAUCUGAUGAAAGUCAGAAACAUCUGCAUAAACUUAAAACUCUAGAAGAAGAACUUUUACAACACAAGGAGAGCUUUAAAGGAAUAGCAAACAACUCUGAAAAAGUAAUCGAAAACCUAAAGCAGGAAAUUUAUACGCUUCAGAAUGAAAAGGCAGCAGUGGAAAGGAAGGUAGUGAGUCUGAAUGUUCAACUUUCAGAGGUUAGCUCCGUAAUGCAAAGAGCAAAAGAUGAACUAGCUCAAGAGACAAAAGAAAGAAAAUCGAAAGAAUCUAAAAUUAUUCUGCUAGAGACUGAAAUCAAAGAAAUCAUGUCCAGCUCUGACAAAUCCCAAUCAAAUCUACAACGUGAAAACACAGUCCUGAAGAGGGAGAAAUCAGAGAUGCUGGAAAAAACCCUUUCUCUGGAAACAGAACUCAGAAUGCUAAAAGACAAGCUGCAACAUAGCCAAACAGAUGCAGAGAUAAAGCAAAGAGAAAACUUUACUCUUCAGCUAAGGUCCCAGCAGAUGGAGGAACAGCUGGAGAAAUGUAAGAACAUGCUAGAGGAGCUAAAGGGUAAACUUGAACUCCAGAAAGAAGGCUAUGAGAGGCAGCUGUCACUUAUGCAGGCAGAAAUUGAGAAGAAAAUGAUUUUGUUGCAGUCUGAGAUUGCAAAGGAAGGCCAGCAGUCACAAAGUGGGGAAUUAGCAGAGAAACUCAACAAAUAUUUUAAGCAAGAUGUAAAACUGAUUAAAACUCUGCAACAAAACACAGUAGAAUCAAGGCACCAUAUGGACAAAAUGGAGAAAAUGGAGCGACAAAGAACAAAGCUUGAGCAAGACUUGUUGAAAGCAAAGUCUGAGAUUACCCAACUUGAGGAUGAAAAACUGAAACUCUCCACUAAAAUAAAUUCUCUGCAAAGCCUCUACAAUCAACAGUCAGUUGAGAGAACAAAGUUUGAACAAAAGCUGUCAGAUAGUGAGCACAAACUGUUACUGAAAGAAAAUGAAGCAAGAGCCCUACGAGAACAAAUAGAGUUGUACGUCAGAGAGCUGAAAAACCUGCAGAAAACUUUGUUGACUCUGAGAGGAGCAGUGACUGAAACCGUCCAUUCAAAAGUGGAAAAUAGCAAAGCUAAUCUGUUGAAGGCAAAUGUUCCCAUGGAGAAGAAAAUAACGACAGUAAUUGAAGGAGCAAAGAGCAGAAUCGAGGAUGAACCUCUCAAUAUUCAAAAGAUGGAGACGAUGGAAAGAGAAAACGUUCUCGAAGGAAUUAAGCAAGUCAAGGAAGUUGCCUCUCUUUACGUAACCCCCAGUAUUCAAGCAAAAAAUCUGCAGCACAUUGCUCACAAAAGUAAAAUUUCAUCCGAUCUUCCCAGCACAGUCAAAGUGCCGGGAUACAUGGCUCUGUGUGGACUUAACGACCCAAGGCCCAAGAAUGAAACUAACAUCAGUAAGACAGGCACUUACCAAGUCAGAGAAACUCAUGAAGCCAUAAAUACAUCUGAAAAAAGUACAGGAAAAUCUUAUGGAACACAGCACAUAUCCUCUUCCCAGAAACACCAGGAGUUAAUUGGGAGUCCUGACAUUCAUUACUGGAUCAAGCAUAAGCUUCUGGAUGAGGGGGUUUUACAAAAGUUAGAGAUGGGCCUCCUCACUGUUGAAGAAGUGCAAGCAUCACUUAUUCAUCACAUGGAUAAACCUGCCACUGUAGCUGGACUUUAUGUAGAGUCGAGUAAGAAAAAGACGCCCUUCCUAGAAGCAGCUGAAAAGGGCUUUCUUGCAAAGACAUACGCUCUUGAGUUCCUUGAGGCUCAGGCUGCAACAGGCAGUCUCGUGGAUCUAGCUACAGGAAAAACAGUGUCUGUUGCAGAGGCGCUAGAGAAAGGCAUCAUAGAUCUAAGUAUGAAAGAGAAACUGAAGGAAGCAGAGAAAGCUGUUAGUGGCUACAUCUGUAAGGGCAGAAAACUUUCUGUCUUUCAGGCAAUGGAGGAGAGAAUUAUAGAUAGAUUUAAAGGCAAGAAGAUACUGGAGGUCCAGGUUUCUUCAGGAGGGUUGUUUAACCCAGAAACAGGAAUGAAAGUCCCAACUUUUAUUGCAUUGAAUGAUGGUCUCUUAAACAAAGAGACUCUGCAGAGUCUGCAUGAUCCAGUGAGCAACCCAAAAGGUUUCCACAGCCCUGACACCGGACAGAGGGCAUACUACGAUGAAAUACUUAAAACCUGCUUAUUUGACAUCAAUGGCAGUGUGUUUCUUGUCCCGUUUGGGGAGAGACACUUGACAAACACAUCUCCCAUGAGUCCCCAUAGAAUGUCAGUCGUCAACAGCAGCUGUGGAUCAGAAAUGUCAGUGUACGAAGCCUUCAAGGGGAAACACAUCAACAAGAAGACCUAUCUGUUCCUGUCUCAGCAGGAAAGCAACUGGCAGGAAAACUGUCUGGUUGACCCAAGUGGAAACCUACGUCACUUCAUCACAGAUGCCCGAAGCGGGCGACAGCUUUGUCUCGAAUCUGCUUUAAGUCAAAGAUUUCUUGAAAUGUCUGAGUUUGAAAGCUACCGCAGUGGUCUUUUAAGCAUCUAUGAGAUUGCAGACAUCAUAUUUUCAAGAAGGGUUGUUGUGGAAGAUGCCAAUAGCCCCAUUGCUGGUCUCUGGGACAUCACUAGGAAGAAGAGGCUCUCAGUUCUUCAGGGACUUCAGCAGGGCGUUACUGAUAGAGUGACGGCAUUACGACUGUUAGAGUCCCAAGCCUGCACAGGGGGAAUUUGCGACCCUUCAAAUGGGGAGAAACAUACACUCUCCGACGCUCUGAAAAGAGGUCUUUUAGACGAGGCUCUAAAGCAGCAGCUCCAACAGUUCGAAGAGGCAUUCAAUGGUAUUACCCACCCUCAGACUGGGAAGGUUUUGUCUAUUUUCCAGGCUGUUCAAGAAAACCUCCUCCCAAAGGAUGUGGGUCUCCGCUGCGCUGAAUUUCAGCUGUUGACCGGUGGACUGAUAAAUCCUGACACAAAGGACAGAGUCUGUCUUGAAGAAGUGAUUCAAAGCAAUUUUGUCGACAAGACUACAGCCACUCUGCUCAAAGAUGAGAAGUUCCAAGCUCAAAGCCUCACCUGUCCCAAGACAAAGAGACGAAUCACAUUCAAAGAGGCGCUGGAAAGAAGUGUGUUUGACUGCCACACUGGUUUGAGGUUAUUGGAGGCUACAAAAGUUCAUGCAUUUGGAGCCAAAACAGCAUUUCAUUAUCUUUGUGCAUUUAAGUAAACAUCUGUAAAGGAUAUAUGGAAAUGUGACGUCAAUAUUUUUUCCUUUUGUUGUUUUUUUAUGCCCAUAUUUUACUGCUAUGAUUGAUGUAGGCAAUUCUUCUGCUUUUUGAGAGGAUUGUAAAAUUGUAAAGAACUUACUUUUCUUAUUAACGACAUUUGAGUAUUUAAGAAAUUAAGAAUCCUGCUGAAUGCCUGCCUGUUUUAAUUGUAGAGGUCUGUUGAUGAGGAGAAGCGAGAGCACGGUGAUAAAGUUAGCAAACUGUUGCACUGGAUGUCCGAUGUGAAGCGGACCAUGAACAAUGACGGGAAUGAUCUGAAAGAUAGUAAUGCCAACACAGAUACCUCAAAUAAACACCAGGUAACUCA